AUGACUUUGCUAGAUGACGACACCAUAACAGAAGACAUUCAAUGUCGAGGCCAUACCAACACAAGACGGCACGAACGCCUGCCCAGCUAUGUAUACCAUAAAAACAAGGAUCCUCGACCGGCUCCUAUCAUUGCUUGUCAUAAGAGUGACAGCACGUUUAGCGACGCUUCCUUGCUCGCAGAAAAAGCUAAAAAAUACCCUCACAUAUCACUUACCUAUCCAUCCACAAUGUCCACCGUCAUGGAUCCAGAGGAAAAACCCUCUCAGAAGCAGGUUCAAGCCAACGAUGGCUGGAUAGCUAUCUUUAUGACCGGUGUCAAACCUCUCACGGCCCCCGGCUGGCCGGUGGUGUUCACAUACAUUAUGGCCACGCUGUUGUUUGUAGCAUUUUCAGGUGAACUGUUGAUGAACAAGGAUGUGUCAGGUGAAUUUAUUGAAUUGGAUCCUUUCAAUGUAAUGAUUGGCCCCUCGCUUCAAAUACUCGUUCAAAGCGGCGCUCGGUUCACGCCAUGUAUGCGAAAUACGACGGACAUGCCACCACUCGAACGUUACGUAUGUUUGAAUACCACGUCGGCGGGAGGAUUGUCAUUACUGGAUAUGGCGGUCAUUGAUCUCGCCGAUCCUCACUCACCGCGCGAUACGUGCUCUCUUGAGGAUAUCUGUGGGGUAGAUGGGUUUUACAAUGCCAGCGUGCCCGAUCAGUCUUUCCGGUUCCUGACGGCACUUUUUGUUCAUUCCGGUUUAUUGCAUUUCAUCUUUAACUUUAUCGCCCACAUGAUCCUCGGCGUACAACUCGAACGGAUCCUCAACCCGAUCAAGUUGGCAGCGGUCUACCUUGCUUCCGGUAUUUUUGGAAAUAUCUUUGGUGCCAAUUUUGCUUCUUCCACUUUACCAUCAAUGGGCUGUAGCGGAGCCUUAUUCGGCUUGGAAGCUUGUCUCUUUGUGGAUGUGGGUCUCAACUGGCAAAAAUCAAGUCAGCCUUUCCGGCAUAUCAUCAAAUUGAUCGUGUUCACCGCUUGUAGUUUUGUACUAGGUCUUAUACCAGGUGUCGAUAACUUUUCUCACAUUGGCGGAUUUAUUGCCGGUUUACUGCUGGGCAUUGUGUUUAUGCCCACUCCGCCCUUGGAGAAGCGAUCAUCAUGUAUCAUUUUUUGGAUCGUUAGAAUUAUUGCUUUGCUGACAAUGGCCAUCCUAUUUGCAGUGCUGACAUUUCAGUUUUAUGCAACCACCAAUUAG